UCUCUCUGAUCCAUGUAACCGUGCAGUGCUGUAACUCUUAACUUGCUUCCCUCUCUCUCUCUCUCUCUCUCUCUCUCUCUCUGUGCACGUAAAACUCCUGCUCCUACUAUCAUUCUUAUCACACCGCAACAUCUCUGCGACUUCUCUCUUGCAACCAUGUCUUCCACAACCCUCGAAUCCACCGCUGACAGCCUCUCCAGGCUUGGCAUCAGCGCGAGUUUCGCCUCCUCUGCUCCUAAAUUGCACGAGAACCUCCACCUUCUCUCCCCGGACAAGAUUGAGCUGGCGAAGAUGCUGGUGGAGAUGGGCCAGAGUCAUUUGUUUGAUCAUUGGGCUGAGCCCGGUUUCGAUGAUGAGGAAAAGAAAGGUUUUUUCGAUCAGGUGGCUCAGCUUAAUUCAAGCUAUCCUGGGGGUUUGGAAUCGUAUAUUAAAACUGCCAGAGAACUCUUAGCGGAUUCAAAAGCAGGAAAGAACCCUUUUGAUGGCUUCACACCUUCUGUUCCAAAAGGUGAGAUUUUGACUUUUGGUGAUGAAAACUUUAUCAAUUUUGAGGAGUCAGGGGUCAGGGAGGCCCGGAAAACUGCAUUUGUCCUUGUUGCUGGAGGACUUGGGGAACGUCUGGGAUACAAUGGAAUAAAGGUGGCUCUUCCGGCAGAGACUACUACAGGGUCAGGUUUCUUACAGCAGUACAUUGAGUCUAUUCUUGCUCUUCAAGAAGCUAGUGGAAGACUCGCACAAGGUGAUUCUCAAACACGGAUUCCUUUGGUUAUAAUGACAUCAGAUGACACACAUACACGCACUGUAGAGCUUUUAGAAUCAAAUUCGUAUUUUGGAAUGGAACCUACGCAAGUAAAACUUCUAAAACAGGAAAAGGUUGCAUGCUUGGAUGAUAAUGAUGCCAGGCUUGCAGUUGAACCCCGUAACAAAUACAGGAUUCAGACAAAACCUCAUGGCCAUGGUGAUGUGCAUUCACUUCUGUUUUCUAGCGGCCUUCUGAAAGUUUGGCACGAUGCUGGUUUGAGAUGGGUUCUGUUUUUCCAAGAUACAAAUGGACUUCUAUUCAAGGCAAUCCCAGCAGCUCUGGGUGUAAGUGCUGCCAGACAAUACCAUGUUAACUCUCUUGCUGUUCCACGUAAAGCAAAAGAAGCUAUUGGAGGAAUUACAAAACUUACUCAUGCCGAUGGGAGGACAAUGGUGAUCAAUGUGGAAUACAAUCAGCUUGAUCCUCUACUAAGAGCAACAGGACAUGAUGACGGAGAUGUUAACGAUGAGACUGGCUAUUCUCCUUUCCCAGGAAAUAUAAACCAAUUGAUUUUGGAACUUGGUCCAUACAUUGAGGAGCUCACAAAAACAGGAGGUGCUAUAAAGGAGUUUGUUAACCCAAAAUACAAAGAUGCUAGCAAAACUUCUUUUAAAUCCUCAACUCGUCUAGAGUGUAUGAUGCAAGACUAUCCGAAAACUUUGCCUCCAACAGCAAGGGUUGGAUUUACGGUCAUGGAUGCAUGGCUUGCUUAUGCACCUGUGAAGAACAACCCUGAGGAUGCUGCUAAGGUACCAAAAGGAAAUCCAUAUCAUAGUGCAACUUCUGGAGAAAUGGCCAUCUAUUGUGCAAACAGCCUUAUUCUUAAAAAGGCUGGUGCCCAAGUUGCUGAUCCAGUAGUACAGGUGUUCAAUGGGCAAGAGGUAGAAGUCUGGCCUCGUACCACAUGGAAGCCCAAAUGGGGUCUUACUUUUGCAGAAAUCAAAAGGAAAGUGUGUGGAAGUUGCACCAUUUCUCAGAGGUCCACCAUGGUCAUCAAGGGCCGUGAUGUCUUUCUUGAGGAUCUCUCCUUGGAUGGAGCUCUUCUCAUUGAUGCUGUUGAUGAUGCAAAGGUAAAAGUACGAGGUUCGGUACAGAACAAAGGAUGGAUUCUUGAAAAUAUUGAUUAUAAAGAUGCUUCGGUGCCUGAAGAACUAAGAAUCAGGGGUUUCAGAAUAAACAAGAUAGAGCAGCUUGAAAAGAAAUACACAGAACCUGGCGAGUUCUGCGUGGAGCCAUGAAAGUCAUGAACUUAUCCAAAUUAACAUAUCAUGUCUCAAGCCAGAAAUAAUUUCCUUUUUCUUUUAUCUUCUACAACUUAUUUAUAUUGCUUAAGCUAGCUGGGUCUGAAAAGGUUAGGUGAAAUAAUUGAAUAUUUCGGAUAGCUUAAGGGGUUAGAUUUUGUUUUUUCCUUUUUCAAUUUCCUUAUCAAAUUUUUGCAAAGAUUUUCCCCCAUUUAUCAGGACAGAGUCAGAAACAAUCUUAUCCAUUUUGGUGCAUAAAUUUUAUGAGUAAUGCUACGUAUAGUUGU